CCCGGCCUCUCUUCUGUGUUUCCCGGGCUAGGGGGCGUGGUUUUAGGCGUGAGGAGUGGUUUUAGGCGAAGAAGCCGCUCGGCAGCACCUACUUUCUUCUUUGCCAGGCAGACGCCCGUUGUAGCCGUUGGGGAACCGUUGAGAAUCCGCCAUGGAGCCAGAGAGGGAAGGGACCGAGACACACCCCAGGAAGGUUAGGAAAAGGAAGCAGGCCCCAAACAAGCUCGUCGGGGCCGCUGAGGCGAUGAAAGCCGGUUGGGAUCUCGAGGAGAGUCAGCCCGAGGCCAAGAAAGCCCGCUUAUCUACCAUUUUAUUUACUGACAACUGUGAAGUAACCCAUGACCAGCUGUGUGAAUUGCUGAAGUAUGCAGUUCUGGGCAAAUCCAAUGUUCCAAAACCCAGCUGGUGCCAGCUUUUUCAUCAAAACCACCUAAACAACGUAGUGAUUUUUGUUCUUCAGGGAAUGAGUCAGCUACACUUUUACAGGUUCUAUUUGGAGUUUGGAUGUCUUCGAAAAGCAUUCAGACAUAAAUUCCGCUUGCCUCCACCAUCAUCUGAUUUUCUAGCUGAUGUUGUUGGGCUACAAACUAAACAAAGAGCUGGAGAUCUGCGCAAGACAAUGGAAGGGCCUUUACCUUCUAAUGCAAAAGCUGCCAUCAACCUUCAGAAUGACCCCAUCAUUCAAAAGUAUGGCUCUAAGAAAGUGGGCUUGACCAGAUGCCUUCUGACAAAGGAGGAAAUGAGAACAUUUCACUUUCCAUUACAAGGUUUUCCUGAUUGUGAAAACUUUUUACUUACCAAAUGUAAUGGUUCUAUAGCAGACAAUAGUCCUCUCUUUGGACUUGACUGUGAAAUGUGCCUCACAUCCAAGGGGAGAGAGCUAACACGCAUCUCACUGGUUGCUGAAGGAGGCUGCUGUGUUAUGGAUGAACUGGUCAAACCUGAAAACAAGAUUCUGGACUACCUCACCAGCUUUUCAGGAAUCACGAAGAAGAUUCUUAACCCAGUGACGACCAAACUCAAAGAUGUACAGAGGCAGUUAAAAGCACUGCUUCCUCCUGAUGCUGUGUUAGUGGGUCACUCCUUAGAUUUGGAUCUCAGAGCACUGAAAAUGAUACAUCCAUAUGUUAUUGAUACAUCAUUGCUUUAUGUCAGAGAGCAGGGCAGAAGAUUUAAGCUAAAGUUCUUAGCCAGAGUUAUUUUGGGGAAGGAUAUACAGUGUCCAGACAGACUUGGUCAUGAUGCCACAGAAGAUGCUAGAACAAUCCUUGAAUUGGCUCGGUAUUUCCUUAAGCAUGGCCCAAAAAAGAUUGCAGAACUAAAUCUAGAAGCACUAGCUAAUCACCAAGAAAUACAAGCAGCAGGCCAAGAGCCUAGAAACACAGCAGAAGUACUUCAGCACCCAAACACAAGUGUUUUAGAAUGCUUGGAUUCAGUGGGUCAGAAGCUUCUUUUUUUGACCCGGGAGACAGAUGCUGGUGAACUUCCAUCUUCCAGAAAUUGUCAAACUAUUAAGUGUCUUUCAAAUAAAGAGGUUCUUGAGCAGGCCAGAGUGGAAACCCCCCUGUUUCCCUUCAGCAUUGUUCAGUUCUCUUUUAAGGCCUUUUCACCUGUCCUCACUGAGGAGAUGAACAAAAGGAUGAGGAUCAAGUGGACAGAGAUAUCAACUGUCUAUGCUGGGCCAUUUAGCAAAAAUUGCAAUCUCAGGGCUCUGAAGAGGCUGUUUAAGAGCUUUGGCCCAGUCCAGUCAAUGACUUUUGUUCUUGAAACCCGUCAGCAGUUUCAGCUGGAAAGCAAUGAUGAAGAAAUCUUGGUCUUUCUGCAGCCUCAUCUCUGUAUACAGUAUGAAGUCCUAGAAGCUGCCCAGCUGGCCAUAGAGUCCUUGGAUGGUAUUCUGGUAGAUGGUAUCUGCAUCAAGGUGCAGAGGCCUGUGACAGAGCUCACGCUUGAUUGUGACACCCUCGUGAAUGAGCUGGAAGGAGAUUCUGAAAACCAAGGCUCUAUAUAUCUGUCUGGAGUGAGUGAAGCCUUCAAAGAACAGCUGUUGCAGGAGCCUCGCCUCUUUCUUGGCCUGGAAGCUGUGAUCCUGCCUAAAGAUCUUAAAAGUGGAAAGCAGAAAAAAUACUGUUUCCUGAAAUUCAAAAGUUUUGGCAGUGCCCAGCAGGCCCUCAACAUUCUCACAGGCAAGGACUGGAAGCUGAAAGGCAGGCAUGCCCUAACCCCCAGGCACCUCCAUGCCUGGCUCAGAGGCUUACCACCUGAAUCAAGAAGGCUCCCAGGGCUUCGUGUUGUACCUCCCCACUUUGAACAGGAGGCCUUGCAGACUCUGAAACUGGACCACCCGAAGAUAGCAGCCUGGCGCUGGGGCCGGAAGAUUGGAAAGCUCUACAACAGCUUGUUCCCGGGCACUCUCUGCCUCAUCCUGCUGCCAGGAACCAAGAGCACUCAUGGUUCACUCUCUGGCUUAGGACUGAUGGGAAUAAAAGAGGAAGAAGAAAGCGCUGGCCCAGGCCUGUGUUCAUGAGUCGGCCUGCCAUGUUUCCAUGUGCCAUUUCUUACCCCUUGUAGGCAAUGGCAAAGAAUGUGGUCAGGCUGUAGCCUCUCCAACCAGCAGACAGCUUUAUGGAAACUUGGUGUAGCAGCUAAGAGUUUAGUUUGUUUGUAUGGCAUGUGUAAGUUUUCAAUAAAUGCCUAAAGUUCAAGCAUA